AUGGAAUCCCAUGGCGCCGCAGUGCUGAGGAGGCCAGAGCUGCGUGACUGCCCCUGGAUCGGCUGCGACGCUCGGGACGCGCACAGCCUGGACAAGGCUCUCUCCAGCAGCGGCGUGGACCUGGUGGUGCAUGCGGCUGGCCCCUUCCAGGGCGACGCGGCCUGCUCCCCCCUGGAGGCGGCCAUCCGGCAUGGUGUGCCCUACAUGGACGUCUGCGACGACGCGACGUAUGCGCAGCGCGCCAAGCGCCUGGAGCCGGCCGCCAGGGCGGCGGGGGUGCCCGCCCUCUCCACUGCCGGCAUCUUCCCAGGUCUCAGCAACGUCAUGGCAGCAGACAUGGUGACUCGCCACGCGGGCGGGAGGGCCCCUGCCCGAGUCCUGUACUCCUACUACACUGCCGGGACGGGGGGCGCGGGGCCUACGAUCCUGGAGACCACCUUCCUCCUGGCGGGGCAGGAUGUGGUGGUGUACCGGGAUGGCAAGCAGCUCACUGUGCCAGCCAUCAGCAACAGGCGUCCUGUGGACUUUGGGACCACUAUCGGGACCAAGUCCGUGUACCUCUACAACCUGCCGGAAACGCACACUGGCCGGGCUGUGUUCCAGGCCCCCAGCAUCAGUGCCCGCUUCGGGAUUGACCCCGGCGUCUUCAAUGUCGCCAUGAUCCUGGUCGCCCGCCUCUUGCCGAAGCGUUGGCUGGAAGAUCGUGCCCUGGUGCAGACCCUGGCCAAGCUGACUGCGCCCCUGGUGGCCCUGGUGGAUUGCUUUGCUGGCGACAGGGUGGGCAUGCUGAUCGAGGUCGAGCUCGAAGAUGGAAAGGUGCUGGCCAGCCUGUACGUGCACGACCACCUGGCAGAGGGCAUGGGCGCUGCAGUGGCAGCCUUUGCAGCCUCAAUGCUCAAGAAGGAGGCAUGCUCGGUGCCUGACCGCUCCGCCUUCUUCUCGGCCGCGUCGGAGGGGGCACGCACCUUCCAGCUGGGCCGGGCCGCCUGGGAGAUCGGCAGCACCCCCCGCCGCUUUGGCAUGGGCAUCUACCUCUGA